UGAAACUAUUUUAACUGCCCAAAUGUACUUGCGAAUUUUUAAAAAAACCACUCCUCUAUCAAAAUAUUUACAAGGGCAUGGAGUUAAUAUAAUUGCAGCUUAUCAAAUGGUGAAACAAACUUUGAAUGAUUUACAAGACUGUGCCCGCCAAUUUCAAUGUAUAAAAGAAGCAGCCAAUACUUUUGUUGAAUAUACCAAUAAAAAAUUUGAUGAAAUGGAGAAUAAUACUUUAGAAAUUCUAAAUGAGUUACCUCAUAUUAGAGUAAGAAAAAAAAAAAGACAAUUUACUGACUAUGAAUCAAUAGAUGAUCCUAUUACAGAUCCAUUACGGGCAUUUGAAAUCAAUGUUUAUAACCAAGUAUUUGAUACUGUUAUUGAAAGUAUUUCAUCAAGAUUUGAAAAACAUGAACAACUAUGUGCAGAUUUUUCUUGUCUUGACCCAAACAAUUUUCAACUAGAUUUACCACUUCCAACAAAUGCUUUAAUAAAAAUAUAUGAAAAAAUCAGAAAUUUUAUUCCGGACAUAACUUACGAUGAUCUUAGAAAUGAAUAUGUUGACUUUACAUCUAAAUGGAGAGAAUUGAAAAAAACCAUUGCUUGUGUGUAUGAUGAACUAAAUAAUCAAGUUACUGAUGAUGGUGAUGAUUCAGAAAAUGGACUCAAGAGUGAUGAUGAUAUUAUAGUAUGUGUGCAUAGUGCCAGUACCAAGUAUUGUGUAACCUGCUGUUAUGAAGUGUUGGUGAAAUAUAAUUUAUACGCAAAUACAUAUCGUGGCCUCCACUUUGCAUAUAAAUUUAUGCUUACUUUAUCCAUUACACAAGUAGAAUCUGAACGUACAUUUUCGAAAUUAAAAUUUGUAAAAAAUUAUUUAAGAAAUACAAUAGGUCAGAAUGUAUUAGAGAGUAUGUUGCUAAUGAAUGUAGAAAAAGAUAUUCUCAACAAAAUUGAUUCCGAAGACAUCAUAAAUAAAUUAGGAGCUAGAAGCCCAGUAUUUGGUAGAAUGUUACUAUGUUAAAAUGAAAAACUAAAUUUGAUUAAAUAGUAAAAAAUUGUUUUGUUAUACAUUGUUGGUUAUGUGUUAUGCUUUAUUUUGAUGUGGUACUUAAUAAAAUUGAUAUAGUAAUGUACUUGCGAGCGAAGCGAGCGACUUUUUUUUUCAUGUUUGGGGCCCCUUUGUAAAAUUUCCCGGUAGGCCAAAAUUGGCCUAUCCGC